CAUGAUGUGAAUGAGUUGGUCGUUUUCUUGAUGAGCUACCCUCGCCUGUAUCGCCAACCUUACAGCAUGCAUAUACUGUUGGGUAACUGCAUGUUUGGCCGCCAGAUGGAAGUAGAACUUGUCAUUAGUUUCCUGUUGCACAAACAAUCCCAUGGUUCUGAAGAAUUGGAGGUCCUGCCAAUGGUCGGUCCUGCCAGAGUCGGGAAGAGCACCCUUGUUGCUCAUGUUUGCAGGGACGAACGAGUCCGUGAUCAUUUCUCAGAAAUCUUUUUCCUGCACAGCCAUGAGGUUACAGAUGACAAGCUAGCUUUCAGAGAAGGAUGUAGAAUGAAAGAUCAGAAUACCGUGCCAAAAUCGAACAAAGACAAGAUAUUGCUAGUUGUUGUUGAGUUAGCUGGGGAUCCUAAGGAAGAUGCAUGGAGUAGGUUGUAUCAUGCUUUUAAACGGUGUGCUCCCAGCGGAAGUAAAAUCGUAGUCACCAGCCGAUCAGACAAAGUUGUAAAAUUUGGAACAACGCCGCCUCUAACUCUUGAGUAUCUGCCCCAUGAGGUGUAUUGGUAUUUCUUCAAGACGCUUACAUUUGGAGGCAUGGAUCCGGAGAUGCAUCCAAGGCUCAUGCAACUGGCCAUGGAGAUAGCCAGAACGCAGAAUGGUUCCUUUGAUGGCGCACACAUCACUUCGUGUUUGUUAAGGGGCAACUUUGACAUUCAGUUUUGGUCCAAGGUUCUGAGCUUCUUGAGAGGGUUCAUCCAGAAGCAUGUCUCCAAAUUCGGUGAGCAUCCACUUUAUUCUCUGGGCCAAAAUAGACCUACAGAAGUUGGGAGAAUGGUUACACCUUCUCAAGAACUUGUGAUUUCUCAUCAGUAUCAAUGCUCUUCACAAGAGGAGGUUCCAAAGAUAAGACUCCAAGAUGUGAUGUAUGGAAGUGUUAAGCCUCAUGGUGAAGUUGAUGUCCUAUCAUGGAGAUCUCAGAUACCGCCAUACUAUAGCUACAUCGCUACUUGCGAGAUUAGAGAGCUAAGAACUACAGCUGCCAAGAGGAAGCGUUCUAUGAAAGAUGGAGUAACAGUUGGUUAGUUUCAUCAUUGUCUAGCGUGCAUAUGUAGGAAUAUAUUUUUAUGUUCUUACUUUUGGUAGGCCACAAGUUACAGCAUAGUCAAAAUGAGUAAGAAUCUGGAGCUCAGAGGCGACGUAGUUGCUUAUCAUCAUGUAGUUGAAGUUUGGUGUUUGCUUAUCAUCAUGCUUGAACUUUGGUCCCCAUGCCACGUUCCUCCGGAUGGUUGACCUCUAUUAUCUGAUACAUGUAAUCAGGGGCGGAUACAGGAGGGGGGAUAGGGGGGCUCAAGCCCCCCUAAGCUCCCCUAAUUACACGUAAAACACUGUAGCAAGAUCUCCAAAUCACCAUUAAAUCUUCACACAAAUCAACAUCUCUAUUGUUUCAGCCCCCCUUGCCUCCAAUCCUGCAUCCGCCACUGCAUGUAAUUAGCCAAACUCAGCUAUAUUAUAUUUUUUGCAAUCCAAAACGUUGAAUUCGAUGAGGUAACUUGGCCCGGCCCAGUAGGUUUGUCAGGCCUUUUGAUCCGGGUGAUCGAGCCCAACAAUCUCUCUCCUCUCCUCUCGUCUUCUCCGACUCCGAUCCUCUUCUUCUCCCCAAUUGCACACAGAGGCGGCAGGAAACCGAUAGAAAGAUCCAGAGCAAAAGGAGGCUCUUGGGUUCGUUCAUCUGCGAUCCCAAGGUUAAUUGGUGCUGAUCUUUGUGAAAACCGUCACCAGCUCGGCCACGAUCGGUAACGUCAAGGAAAAGAUCAAGUACAAGGAGAGCAUCCUAUCAGACCAGCAGCACCGCAUCCACCUUGGCAGACUACAACUUCUAGGAGUCCAUCCUCCAUCUCGUGUUCAGGAUCGAAGGUGGUUUAUUUGCAGACGACCACUGGCAGCAAGGCCAUGGAGUCUAAGGAUCAAAACAAGGAGGUCGCUUUGUCACAGCAGCAGCGCGACCGGCUGCAUCUCAUCCAGUAUCUCAGGUUUGCUCGGAAGCAGCGCGAGGCCGGCCUUGCCGUUCCUGACUAUAACAUUCAGAAGGAGUCUACUCUUCACAUGGAGCUCAGGCUGGGGAGGGGCAUGACGAUCCUUGUCAAGACUAUGGCACACACUACCAUGAUGCUGGAGGUUGAGCUAUCUGACACAGUUUUUGAUGUGAAGAAAAAGAUCCAGGACACGGAUGGAAUACCAAUCAGGGAGCAGCGCCUCAUCUACACCGGCAGGCAGCUCAUAGACAACAGAACCCUAGCCGACUACGACAUCCAGAAGGGAUCCCAAAUGCACCUGGUAGUCUGGUGCUAUUUGUUGGGAGGAUAUAUUCAUCCACCCAACUAUUUGUCUUAUGUAGAUUACUUGCGUAUGUGUGCAUGGCGGCCGGUUAUGGGCCCUAGCUAGGGUAUAAGACUCAAUAAUGCAAGAUGCUUAAACAUGGGUCUUUGAAGUGAGAGAAUGUUGUGGCAUCGUCUUUUAAGCACCUGCAAAAAGGUUAACCCUUCCUUUGCAAAUGGGUGCUUACAUAAGCUUAAAGAUAGAUUUGUCUUAAA